CUCGUCCCCUCCUCCGUCAGGCAGGCAGGCUUGCUCUCUCUGUCUGUACAGGCGCAGUGUGUACAGCUCGGCUGGCCUCCCUCCGCACUUGAAUGGACUAGAUUCCCAGCCACGUAAGAAGCACAGCGGCACCACGGGAGAGGAUGUCCUGCUGAAUCGAGGGAUUGGCCUGGGAAAGUCGGCCGGCCGUCCCUUCCUUCCUUCCAUCAGAUUUAUAUCAGCAGACACUCAAGAAAGACGGCACUUUUAUUCCGCAGGACCGGACCAGCAGAAAGAGAGAGGACGUCGACUCCCGCACACAAAGAGCCACAGCAGUCUUUUUUCCGGAUGGGGGUUUCUCCUUAUGUGAUAGAUGACAAUCAGCGUGCAUGGAUAUGAUCCCGGGGAACAAGGCCGUGCACUGACCUGGUACUAGUUAGCCAAGGGAGCUAACUAGUUAGCUCUGCACCUGCUAGCUACUAAUAGUCUAAAAAGUCAGCAGCUAUAAUUGGGCUGGAAAGUUGCUUUAUUUGUUUCUAUUUUUGCAUUUCCCCCUUGCCUGACAGCUGUGUCUUAUAAAUUGUUUCCGUUUUAUGAAACGUGCCAUACCGUUAACCGGCAAGAUAAGCUAGCAAGACGAGCUGCGGGUUUACUCUUCAUUCAUUUUAAAAGCUAACUUUUGGCAACCUUUGUUGCAGUUUUGUUCGCACUUAACGUCAGUGAAGCUGCAGCACGUCUGUGCUAAGGGGUUUCAUCCAGCUUAAGUCAGUAAUUCUUAAUUUUUCCUUUACCCCAGUCUCAUCCAAUGAAUGGAAAACAAAGGGGUGCAAGUGAGCAGUAAAAAAAUCAGAGACCAAUUUUAGUUGCAUGAAAUCCAGCGAGCCAGUUUUGGCUGCUCAGAGUCUGUUAGAUUUUGCAAAGGCAAGGUGCAUUUAAAUCUCUUAUUUUUUUUGUAUUUUUUUUUUUUUUUUAGAAAAAAUUUAUUAUUUAUUUUUUUACUUCAUGCAAGCGUAACAGAAGUACUUGGACAGAUUGUCUUUCUGCACAACGAAGUGUUAUCCCGACAGAAGAGGAUAAGAAGAACAAGGAGGAGGAAGGCCCCCGAUUUUGUGGAGAUAUCGCACUUAUUCCUCAUGAACAUACAGAGGUCAAAUCCAAUUAACAUUUCACGCUAUGGGAGAUCGCGGCACAAAGCGCACGAUUUCGAAGAAUUGUCUUGUUUAAGGACUACAGAGUCUCAUCAGAGUUUCAGCCCCAACCUCGGGUCUCCCAGCCCGCCGGAGACCCCGGACUCCUCGCACUGUAUCUCCCGCAUCGGGGACUACCUUUUGUUGGAGCCGCUGGAGGGAGACCACGUUUUCAGAGCCGCCCACCUGCACAGCGGGGACGAGCUCGUAUGUAAGGUUUUCGAUGUGGGCCGAUACCAGGAGUCACUGGCGGCCUACUUCGCCCUUGGCCAGCACCAGCACAUUAACCAAAUCCUGGAGAUUUUGCUUGGGGAGACGCGGGCCUAUGUGUUCUUCGAGAGAAGCUAUGGCGACAUGCACUCUUUUGUCCGUACCUGCAAGAAGUUGCGAGAGGACGAAGCUGCCAGGCUCUUCUAUCAGAUAGCCUCGGCUGUGGCACAUUGCCACGACAACGGACUGGUUCUCCGUGACCUCAAACUGAGGAAGUUUGUCUUCAAGAAUGAGGACAGAAGCCUUGUGAAGCUGGAGAGCCUCGAGGACACGUACAUCCUGAAUGGGCACGAUGAUUCCCUGUCAGAUAAACAUGGCUGCCCCGCCUACGUCAGCCCCGAGAUCCUCAAUGCCAGCGGCAGCUACUCGGGGAAGGCAGCUGACGUCUGGAGCCUGGGCGUCAUGCUUUAUACCAUCCUCGUGGGGCGCUACCCUUUCCACGAUGUCGAACCCGGCUCGCUGUUCAGCAAAAUCCGCAGGGGCCACUUCAACAUCCCAGAAACGCUGACGCCCAAGGCCAAGUGCCUGAUCCGCUCCAUCCUCCGUCGGGAGCCGGCGGAGCGCCUCACCUCUCGGGAGAUUCUGGAGCACCCGUGGUUUGCCUCAUCCGGGGCGCUAGGGGGCACUGCAGUGCACAGCAGAGGGGAAAGGGAGCAGGAGCAGAUGGUGCCUGAGGUGAACAUGGAAGAGGAGCUGGAGCAGUUCUUCAGCUGAGCAAACACCAAGCACAAACGGACGACUCCGCCACGGUUGGCUCGCCAAGCUCGCAGCAGAG